AUGUGGACGUCUUGGUUUCUGUUGAUUUUUCUCUGCUGUCGAUUUGUUCUGACAACAGCUACUGUCGCCGCCGAACAAUGCUGCCGUCGUCGUGGCGUUUCGGAUGACUGUAGCCGAACGUUAUGUAAUCCAAAAAGUAUUCCUGAUGAUUUUGCUGUCUAUAAUAUAUUUGAUCGCCAUAUGAACUGUUUCCCACAUAUGGGAGCAAUUUCUGAAUGCUUAGCUGAUGGACGUAACCACAUGCAUUGCUGUAUUCGUGACGCACGAGAUCGAGAUGAAGAUGCAUGUUUUACGAUGUGCCGAGGUGAGACACCCGGACGUGAUCUACCAUGGGAUAAAUUUCAAACGUGUUUUGCAAUAAAUGUUGAACCAAUGUAUAAGUGUUUUUUAGAAGGCUAUCAAAAUACACCAUCUGCGCCACAAUCGUUACGUAUUUUAUCAAAAACUAAUAAUUCUGUAUCACUUAGUUGGAGUCCAUCGGCUAUCAAUGCACAUCUUAUUGGCAACUAUCAUGUUACACUAACUGAUGCCGAUGAUGCCGGUAAUAUACGCACUGAAAAUACUCGUGAAACAAAAAUUACAAUUAAUAAUCUACAAACUGAUAGCAAAUACAUUGUUUCUGUUGUUGCUGUAACACGCGAUGGAUUAAGACGAUCAUUAUCAGCGGAAAAGUUGCAUUUUUUUACAUCUGGUGCAGCGCCACAAAUAUCUGCCUAUCGCGACGUUGUGUCCGCACCCAGGCAAGCAUCCAGUGUCACCUUGGCUUGUCGAAUGAUAAUCACCGGCACUGUACACCGGCCAACACGAACACAGUGGCUGAAAUAUAACGAUUAUACGAAACGUUUUGAACAUAUCCACAGUUUAUUACCAUCAAAUUAUAUUUCCUACAAUGACAUUCCACGUUACUUUGUAACAACUUUAAGAAUUACAUCAAUUCAAGAGUCUACUGCUGGUCUUUAUCGCUGCUAUGUUUCUAAUGAUCUUGGCAGUGCUCAAGCAGAUAUUACUGUUCAUACUCGUACCAGAGUUACUCCAAAACCAACACCACCAGAAUCACCAGCCAGUUGUUGUAAACGUCAAGGUAUUCGUCCAUUGUGUGCAGCAUUUUGCGGUAAUGACCGUUCACGAAAAACAACCUUAAAAACUGAAGUAUUCAUAAAACACCACUGCGAAGAAGAGACAGAAAAAUUUUUAGCUUGUAGCGCGUCAGAUUCUGAUGAAGGAGCCUGUUGUCUCAGGAAUAAAAUUCCAAGUAGCUGUCUUUUUUUAUGUGAUGGUUCGCAAACAAUCAGUAAAAAUAUUCCGCAGCUUUGCGCUCCGUAUUCAAUGAUUAUUUUUCAAUGUCGUAUGGAGGAAGCAGAGAAUCGUCCAGAAGCAAUUACCGGUUUGAAGGUUAAUCAAGAUGGUGAUAAAAUUUCCACAGUAUGGAACGAGGCAGCUAAAGCUGACGUUUAUCAUGUGUACUACCGACGACGUAAUUCCAGUGAAUGGAUUCUGGAAACCACGUCGGUUACACAUGUGACAUUAGAGGGUUCAAUUGAAGAGAUAGUCGUUGUUCCAUCCAAUAGUGUUGGUAAUGCUCAAGCAGCUCGAAUAUCUAAGCAAGGUGGCAAGUGGAAAGCUUCCUAUUACUGA